CGAGAGGGCGCGGCGAGCGGCUUCCUCGCGGGACCCGGUCGUUGCGGAGGCUGGAGACGAGGCUCUCGGAGGGUCCCGGGGCCGAGGGAGCGCGGAGGGCACGCGCGCCAUGAACCCGAAGGCGGGCGGUGAGGAAGAGGACUGCGUGGACUCUGGCGCCGAGACCGGAGGGUCCGACUACAGCCACCUGUCCUCCACCAGCAGUGAGCUUUCUGUGGAGGAGGCACAGGACCCUUUCCUGGUGAGCAUCCACAUCAUCGCAGACCCAGGGGAGUCACAGCCACUGCAGGAGGCCAUCGACAAGGUUUUGGCGUGGGUUCACCCUGAUCUCCCACUGUUCCGAGUGUCUGAGCGGCGCACAAUCAGGCGAAGGCGGAAGUCUCCCAAGGGUGCACAGCCGGCGCUGGCAGUGGUGCUGUUCCUACAGGAGGAGUACGGAGAGGAGCAGAUCCUACAGGUACACAGGGUGCUACAGCAGCCGCCCUGGCGUCACCACCACACAGAGCGAGUGCAUGGCCGCUUCAUACCCUACCUGCCUUGCAGUCAGGACUUCUUCACUCUGGCUCACGGGACCCCACUGUGGGCAAUCAGGCCGGUGCACUACGGCAAGGAAAUCGUGCGCUUCACCAUCUACUGUCGCCAUAACAGCUACACUGACAGCCUCCGCUUCUAUGAGCUGAUCUUGCGCCGGAGCCCCAGCCAGCGGAAAGCAGACUUCUGCAUCUUCCCCAUUUUCUCCAAUCUGGAUGUGGACAUCCAGUUCUCCCUGAAAAGACUACCCUGCGACCAGAAGCCAGUGCCCACCGACUCCUCCGUGCUGGAGUUCCGAGUGAAGGACAUCGGGCAACUGGUACCGCUCCUUCCCAACCCCUGCAGCCCCAUCAGCGAGGGGCGCUGGCAGACUGAAGACCACGAUGGCAACAAGAUCCUUCUGCAGGCACAGAGGACACACAAAAAGGCCCCCAAGUACAGCAGAGCACAUCACUCCUCUGAGAAGAAACCACAUUCUGCUCCUCCUGCAGCCGUCGACACACCAAACACAGGACAGGGCAGCAGCCAGACAGCCCUACAUGACAGCCCAUCCAACCAGAUAGCCUGGCUCCCUGGGGACAAGCAGGAGUAUAACACACAGUCGAGCACCUCCAGCCCUGCCUGGACUUUCCCGAGAAGCAAGUCUUUAUUUUGUUUGCCCAGUGGAGGCCCUUCCCCAACUGAACCACAGCCACUACCGACCAAUUCCCAGAGACACAGUGCAUCGGAGUGGAAGCCUAGCCGCCUCAUGUCCAUUGAUGACUUAGAAGGGGCCCAAGAGACAGAUGUGGACACGGGCCUGCGGCUGUCCUCCUCAGACCUGUCUGUGGUCUCUGCAUAUUCUGCGCCCAGUAGGUUUUGCAACACAAUAGAGGCAUCCCUCUCCUCUGAGAGAUGCAGUAGCCACUGGCCAGCACACAAGAGUCCCAAGAAAGGACCUAUGCCCGCUGCCAGUGAGGUAAGCCCAGAUACUGCCUGGGCUCUCUUCACCAAAGGGUCCCCCAGGCCUGCAGAGACAACUACUCCUGGUCUCUCAGCUUCUGAUGCCUCCUUGCUCACAGAGUCAUCCACACACACCUCAUGUCAUGACCCCAAAGCCACACAGGGUGUCCAAGGCAUGCUAUUGCCUCCAACAACAGUUGGUCCUGAGACUGAUGACAUGGAGGAGUUCUACAUCUGAGUGCAUCUUGGCUUUCAGACAGACUCAGUCACAGAAACCCCGGUACCACUGUGACCAGCUCUUUGUUCACAGGGUGCUCUCAGCCCCAUUUGCCAGCUGACUAGAACUUAAUUAUCUGUCUUGGGAGACUGUUGGCAUGUUGACCAUGCCACCUAUCCUUAGAUGACAGGUGCCAUACUUCUAGAGGUUCAGAAAAAGGAAGAAGGAGGAGGAGGAAGAGGAGGAGGAGGAGGAAGAAGAGGAAGAGAAGGAAGAGGAAGAGGAGGAAGAGGAGAAGAAGAAGAAGGAGAAGAAGGAGAAGAAGAAGAAGAAGAAGAAGAAGAAGAAGAAGAAGAAGAAGAAGAAGAAGAAGAAGAAGAAGAAGAAGAAACAAACACCUGACAUUUUUAUGGAAAUACAUUUUCAACACACUUAACUCACAAAAUCUAUUUUUGAAUGCUCAAUUAUACAAUAUAAUGCCUCAUAUAAUUAUUUGAACUGAAAAAGAAGACAUAGCCAGAGCUGACUUGACAAUUGUUCACACUCGGAAAGUAAAAUAACUAAGGCCAAAGUGUUGAAGGGAGAAGGAACACCCAGUGACUGGCCCCACGUCAGUGUGCAGUACAGAAUGCAUGCCUUCCUAGUGCCCACUGUCACACAGGGACCCAGCACCCUAGAAUCCAGAAGUACUGCUUCCAGUGGGUGCUUCAUAGAACAGCCAGCAACCUACAGCAAACAGCAGAACGCCUUGCUUUGAAACCAUUCAGCACUUGAAAAUCUGGGCCUACACACAACUGGCUAGCAAACCUUAUAAAGACUUAGCAUGAAUAACCAAUGCCUUGCACACUUACAAAAUACUCUGAGUAUGAAAGCUAGUUUUGCACACUCUUCCUCAGCUGACUCAUGUUGGUAAGCAAGCCUGCAGACCGUCCCUUCUGGACUGAUUUGUAUAAGGGGAUUCAUGGCCUGCAGUUACAAAUAACAGGUUAUGAGGUAUGCUGGGGAAGCAGGCAGGAGAAUCUCUGACUUGAAAAAGCACAUGUUUCAAAAGGGCUACAUAUAUCUCUCCAUAAAUGACCAGAGCCAUCUUUUGUAAUUUGUAGCACUGUGCACAGUAAACAGUUAAAAUGCUUGGAACAUUUUUGGCUGUCCUUUUGAUUGUCCAUGUGAGCCAGUGCCCCAUGCCCCAAAGUAGGAAAGUGUGUGGUGCUGUCCCACAGGGCCAGCCUCCAGCUAGUGCACAGGAGCCUUGGGGAGAGUGGGCACUGCAGUCACCCAGCUCCCCAUCUGUUGUCCGUUGCUGCCACCGUGUGAAUGGUGACCAGACCUCCCAGUGAGGCGAUGUUUACACCCCACCUCACCAAACGCUAACUUCCGGCAUUGGGAGCAAUGCCAACUUAUCCCCAGAUUCUGUUGAUCCUUGGGAAAGAAAAGCAUGGGUGCGUUCUGUUCCCUGCCAGCGUGGUGCUUCUUGCCUCCUCUCUGGAAGGGCCUACACCGGCUCAGAUGCACUCUCAGAGCCUUUCCAGCAGGACCUUCAAGCUCUCUCACGCAUCACUGUCCAUCAGCCUCGGGUCCACCAUCCUCACAAGGAAAGCCUGGGCCUCUGACUUGCCUCAAACACUUUGGACUUUGCAGGACUCUGAGGUCCGCUCGGUGUAAAUAAAUAAAAACGUGGUCUGUCCUGAUUCUGGAUCAACCUCUGAAAAAGCCAACCUCUGGAAAGGGCUAAAUGAUAAAUAUUUUAAAGUUUGUCGCAUCAUGUUUUAAACUUUAUCCAAAUGUGUUGCUAUCGCUUCUCUUGCAGCAUGAAAAAUAAAAGAUGUGUGAAUGGG